AAUCUCCCAGACAGAUCAUACCUUCAUCUGGGGUGCCUGGCUGACUCUGGACUCCGCAACAUGGAUCAUCUGCAAAGUGAGGCUUUUCGGUUGUUGAGUGGCUCUACUCCUGGGAGUUAUUUGGAUGAUGAUGAAGUCCGUCUGUCUCACAAUCUCUCAGAAGGUGAAAUAAAAGCCAUUCAGAAGAGAAGAAAAAAUAUAUCAGAGUGCCUGAAAAGUCAUCAUCAGAUUAUUUGUGACCAGAACAAUGUGCCUAAUAUUGCUGUUCUGGGAUCAGGCGGAGGCCUGCGUGCCAUGAUAGCCCUUCUAGGGACCUUGGUGGCACUGAAGAAACAGAAUUUCUUGGAUGCUGUCAUGUAUCUGUGUGGAGUGUCAGGAUCCACUUGGUGCAUGUCUCUCCUAUAUGAAGAUAGGAAAUGGUCAGAAAAUUUGAUGUUCUUGGAAAAGGACCUGUGUGAAAAGCUCAAUAACUUACACUGGAAUAUUAUAAAAGCAGAGGAAUCCUUAGAGGAAGCAUCAGAAGAUGAACUUUACUCACUCACCGACUUCUGGGCCUCCUGUAUUGUAUACAAAAUACUGAAGCAGUUCGAUGAGAAUGAGCUGGCUGACCACAGGGAGGCCUCAGAAACUGGAAUAAACCCUUACCCGAUUUACGCAGCAGUGGAUAAGGAAAAACUACAGGAAGAAGGUAGAAACUCACCAGGGACUUGGUUUGAAUUCACUCCACACGAGGCUGGAUAUACUGCCUUGGGUGCUUUUGUGAGUACCAAAUACUUUGGAAGUGAAUUUGAGAAGGGUAAGCUGAAGAAAAAGAAGAGUAAAAACAUUUGCUACAUGCAAGGUUUAUGGGGGAGUGCUCCUGGAAGCAUGGUAGAAAAUCUAAAGUUUAUAAAAGACAGUCUCACCUCACUCCGAGGAAGAUUUCAUUUACGUGAAUACCUGGGGUCAUAUGGACAUGAGAGUAGUUCAGAUACCUUAGUGGCUUAUCAAGCUGCAAUUCUUCUACUAGACCUUCAGCUGUGUGCUGUAAGUGGGAGUGAUCCUAAGGAAGUCUUUGAGAAACUGCUGAAGAAUUUGUCAGAAGUCAAGGAAAAAAGUGAAUCCCGACAGCUAAGCAUAGCAAUGCAUAACACUUGGGCAAUGAAGACAAAGGAGGAAAGAAUGGAGAGCUGUGCUGAACUGGGCAAACAGAUAGAAAAGGAAUUUGGAGAGCAUCUUGGAGAAGGUGGUCCUCUAGGAAUAGUGUUCAAGUCACCCCAGGAAAAUCUCCAAGGCUCACUGUGCCGUUUCAUUAAGGUGAUGUUCAAAACAAUCCAAUGUGUGUCUACCUGGAAAUGGGGGACAACUAAUAACUUCCUCUACAACUGCCAUAACUUUCAGCCCUCUCACCUGACCAAAAAUGAAACCAUAUCUUUGAUUGAUGCUGGACUGGCAAUAAAUUCUGCCUACCCUCUGGUCCUUCGAGCACAGCGGCAACCAGAUCUGAUAAUUUCCUUUGAUUUCAGCUCUGGAGAUCCUUUUGAGACUAUAAAGGAAACAUCUACGUACUGCCAGACAAACCAUAUCCCAUUUCCCAAGAUAGAGGACCAGGAAAUGGAUGAGAACAACCCUUCUGAUUGCUAUAUCUUUCCAGGAGACAAGUCAUGCCCUACAGUCAUGCACUUUCCACUGUUCAACAACGUGAAUUGUGCUGGUAAAGUAAAAUACUACAGAGAUAAGUUUUCCACUUUUCAUACAUCCUUCACCGAGGAAGACAUCAAAGACCUCCUUGAAAAAGCAGGGUUGAAUGUAUCCAACAAUAGUGAGAAGAUUCUGCGAGAGAUAAAACAGCUUGUGCCUUCCUUUCAUGCCAGCAAGUUCUAAUGUGUGUGUGGGGGGGUGGGGUGGGGUGGGGGGGCAGGUUUCUUCAGUACAAGAUAAUGAAUUUAUGAAUGGCUAUAAAUGGUAUACUUCACCGCACUGCACUUUUUCACUUGGCCAUUUGGUGUUAGUCUUUGGACUGCGCUCUGAACAACUGUAAUGUGGAUUUCUCCAUCUCAGCUACUUCUUUAAUCUCCUCUAUAGUCAAAAGAACAAAAAAGGUGCUCUUAGGGAGUGAAUCAUUUGGCACAUUUUAAACACAUUAGUGAGAAUAGGAUAGUCUGACUUUCUGAAGGGCUGAAGAGACUCUCUUUAAAAUUGGCUGAGAUGGAGACAAUGAUACUUGUAAUGACAUUCUAAAAAUAACAAAACGAUCUUAAAAUAACAAAGAUGAAGAAUAAGGGAUGAAGAGAAGAGAGAGAGAGGGAGAGAGGCUUUCCACAGGAGAACAGCUAACCAGACAGCAUGACAAUUGAUACAGAAUUAGACAGAUAAGUACUAAAUAAACACAUUAUAAAGGAAAAAAGAGCCACUAUGACAAAGGAAGAGGAAUAAUAGAGGAACCGUGAAAGAGUUGAAGAAAAGUCCAAUUGUCAGAGUGUCACAAACGAUGCUGGUGAGACUGGAGUGGCUCUAUACAAGAGGAGGAUAUCUGUCUAUAGGAAUCAAAUGUGUACUAAUGCUCGGCUCUGACUUGCUCAUGACACCAGAUUUUAUAACAUCUUUAAUUUUCUGUAUUACUCGCUUCUUCAUUUUUUCCUGCAUUUUCUGUGUAUCAUAUUUAAAAUGAAUUGUUUAUUAAAUAUCGGAGCUAUAGCUUGUUCCUAAUGGCAGCUAUAUUUAGCUUUGUGACACAGUAUACUGCAUAAUCCCAGUUAAAGAAUGACUCUGUAAUACCCUGGCAUUGAACAAGUAUAUCCAUGAUAAUAAAAAAAAGUCAACCUCC